GGGGCCGGGCCGGGUCGCAGCGGAGGUGCGGGCGGCGAUGGUCGAUUACUUUUUAUGAUGCUGUUGAAGAGGAAAGUGAAUGGAUGGAACAGUUAGGGCAGAGAGGAAGCUUUCACUUCAUGCUCUUGACUUACUACAGAGCAAAAAUAACAGUCUGUCCCUGAAGCUACCUGGAAUCAUUUGAGCCGUAUGUGCUGACAAACAGCUUCUUCCCCUUUGAAGCAGCCAGGGCACAAUGAUGGAUAACCGUUUUGCUACAGCAUUAGUAAUUGCCUGUGUUCUCAGCCUAAUCUCCACCAUCUAUAUGGCAGCUUCCAUCGGCACUGAUUUUUGGUACGAAUACCACACCUUGUCCCCAGCUGAGAAUGUUAGUGAAACUGGCAAAAGCAUCUGGGAAGAAUUUGUCAGUGAAGAGGCAGAUGAGAAGACCUAUACAGAUGCACUCUUCCGGUGCAAUGGCACAGUUGGAUUGUGGCGGAGGUGUAUCACUGUACCCAAAAACUCUCACUGGUACAGCCCACCAGACACUGAUAUGACAACAAAUUGCAUCAGUUUUUCCCUCUCCGAUCAGUUCAUGGAAAAAUACAUAGAGCCUGGAAACCACAAUAGUGGCACGGAUCUGAAUCGGACUUAUCUCUGGAGGUUGCAGUUUCUCCUGCCAUUUGUCAGCCUUGGCCUCAUGUGCUUUGGGGCUCUGAUUGGGCUCUGUGCUUGUGCCUGUCGAAGCCUUUACCCUGCCAUUGCCACUGGAGUCCUCCAUUUCCUUGCAGGGCUCUGUACGCUGGGCCUAGUUGGCUGCUAUGUAGCUGGGAUUGAGCUGCUCCACAAGAAGCUGCCCCUGCCUGAUGAUGUGAGGGGUGAAUUUGGCUGGUCCUUCUGCCUAGCCUGUGUUUCAGCACCUUUGCAAUUUAUGGCAGCUGCUCUUUUCAUUUGGGCAGCUCGCACCAACAGGAAAGAAUUUACUCUCUUGAAAGCAUACCGUGUAGCAUAAGUGCUGCUACCUAAGUGUUAGAUUUUCAUGUUAUAACCCUUUCUCUCCCCAGCCCUUACUACUUUUGUUCUUCUUUUAGUCAGAAUUUUGCCUUGUUACUGCAUGCUUCUUGCCAUUUGAGACUGUGUAGCCUGCAGGCCCUGAAGACAAAGACUUCUGGGCUAAACAAGCAAACUGUGCUGGAAGUCUGCAGAUUUGAAUAGGCUUUUUUUUUUUUUUUUUUUUUUUUUUUUUACAUUUUGAAGACAAUCUGUUUUUUUUCCUCUCUCUCUCUUUUUUUUGUUUUUGUUUUGAACUUGACUUCAUUAUUGAAUAGUCCCCUUUUUAGGUGUUCAUGCCCCUUCCUAAUUUUGUUAUCCUGUUAGCCAGGAGGAAGUAGAAGAGGCACUGUGGCAUGGAAGAUGAACAGGAGAAGAAAAGAUGUAGGCAGGCAAGAAUAGGCACUGCAGUGCACAAAUAGUAAGUAAUCAGGCAUUGUCUGCUAUGUGACCCCACCUGCAGUACCUACAAAGAGGACUCGAGAGAUGUGGGUGAACAUAGAAACCUCUGUGAUGGAAAUACUGUAGCUACAUCAGUGCUGUAGCUUAGCUUUGAGUCUCUUAGUCUCACUCUGCCACUUUUUGUGGCAUCUGCCAGACUGAAAUAAGCGGAACAGCUGGUAUGCUUGCUUUUGCCAAGGAGAAGGAUCAGUUGGCCUAUGUGGAGCUUUGUGCUGCUAUAGCUACACUGUUUCCAGAACCCAAGCUAGUUUGGUAUCUACAACGCAAGUGAGUGUGCACUAUGAUCUAAACUUGUGGUGCUUUUACUUGCUGUGAAAUACAGUUUUCUUCUCCCUUCUUCUGUUGGAAACAGCCCCUCACAACUUUUCAUUUUUAAUUUGGUUUAGUGUGUGUGAAUAUGUAUAUAAAUUAACUUUUUUAAAGCUUACCUGUUUAUCCUGUGUAGCAUACAAUAGGGUUGUGUUUUUUUUUUUUUUUUUUUUUUUUUAAGGUGCUGCUCUCUUCCCUCCUUGCCCUAGACCUAUUGUUUAAAUGAAAUAAAAACAGAGCAAAAGCUCAAACAUUU